AUGUUGGUCAGCUUCUUGCUAUUCCAACUGCUUUUCGCCUGCACCAUAGCCGCGCACCUCUCCCCUAUCCACUACACCAUCUCGCGUCGAGGAGGCAGCUUCCAUAUUCCAGGUGUCGCAAACCUCACUAGUCUCCUUGAAGAACUCCAAAAGAUUGAAGGACGUUUUGCAGCUACCACACGAGCCUUCGAAGGGAACACGGUCGUCCGGAAGCCAAGACAUUUACAUGGAACUCAAGCUAGCACCGUGCUUCUUGGUGAGGUUGGAAGGGAGGGGAAUUGGUUUGCAACUUUGGAGCUGGGAGAACCCGCUCAGAGGGUGCAGAUGGAUCUUGAUAUGUUGACGAAGGAUUUUUAUGUUAAGAGUACGCAGAGUAGUUUGGGAAGUUUCUUUAUGGACUUCAUGAGCAAGACUUACAGUAAGUCUUCCGUGCUCAACCUAAUUGGGAGGAGAAAGGUUGCUAACGGAAUUUCAAAGAGGAUUCGGAACAGCCUCUCCCAUUUCCUACUUGUCGUCAACCCACUGAUAUUCUUCAUCUGAACACGAUUGAAAGGAUGAUUCCGGUCUCUUUCGCUCAUUGCAGACCUUCCAAACAAUGGAUCCAGGCCUUGCUUCCAUCAGGAGCUUAUCUUGGCCUUGCCCCCGCAGCAUCACUGAGUCAAUUAAACACGACAUCAUUGCUUUCUCAGCUUAUUGAGAAGGGCAUACUCGACACCCAAAUGUGGUCAUUGGUACUCUUGAAUGGGCAAGACGGACUUUUUAGUCUAGGAGGUACACCGUUGGCCUCUAUCCGAAAAGUCGAGAAAGAAACACAGGAUCUGCUCGCUAGUCAAAACCAAGGAGGCCACGAAGAACUCAAACGAGAAGAGCAUCUUGAAGACAGGGCGGCAAUAUACGAUCCUUCAAUGGCAGGUGAUCCUGAUCGUGAUUGGAAGUGGAUGCAAGUUCGAGGAAUUGAUGGGUUCUGGCAGAUCCAAAUGCAUGGGGUUUGGGUGGAUGGUGUUAAGAACGUAUUCAACCAACCUGCUGUUCUAGAUGUAGGGAACACUCUACGCCUUCAAGCGACUCAGUCACUUACCUGACAAAUAGAUAAACACCCCUUUCAUUCUCGCACCGCCAAUGGCCGCUCGAACCUUAUACGCCAAAACUCAAGCAAAAAGGCUCCCUCCUCCAUACGACCAGUUUCACGCUUAUCCCUGUCUGAAACCCCCACAACUACAUCUUGAUUUCGCCGGCUGGGGUGUAGAAGUUCUGAAGGGCAGAAACAAAGAAACCUUCGCCCCAGGUGGAAGGUUUAGCUUGGGGAGAAUGGCUGAGGGAAGUGGGUAUUGUAUUGGUAUGAUCGUGGAAUCUAGAAUGGGAUUACAACCCUCAGAUAUCAGAGAUCAUCGUCAUGGAGGUGUUGAGAAGGUGAGCGGAUUGGGCGAUGUGUGGAUUCUUGGAGAACCCUUCUUCAGGGACGUGCAGGUUGCUUUUGAUGUAAAUAUUCUGCUCGCAGAAGUACAUUGGUAUGAUAUACUGACAGUGAUCAAGGUUGAGAGUAAGAAAGUCGGAUUACAGCGAGUAUGAUUUUUGUGUCACCCAACCACCGAAUAUACUGCAACAUACGUCGGGGAACAAUGGCAAGGAAUCGGAAGGGGACCGUCUCCUAAUUUUGGUGAUUAUAGCUAGCUAUGCUAGGAAAGCACUUCUAGUCACGGUUUUUGAACUCAGACAAUACUGGUGGGAGUUAUGAUUUAAUUAAUGUCAUUGAAGGAUUAGGAAGUUUGGAGUGUUAUCUUAGCACAUAAUAUACCAAUUUUCAAGGUAAAGAAAGAAACCGUUCCAGUUCAGUUCUAAAUCCCAAGCCCAUAAUCCUAAGAACAAGAAAAACCUAACCUAAAAACAAAUGUAAAGACAAAAGAGGUUGAUCAUCGAACUCUCAAUCUUCCUCAAACCCCUUAAUCCCCUCCUCA